AUGUCUUUGAAACCGGCUAAUAAGAUUCCAGCUGUUUUUUAUGUUAAUGCAGCAUUAUUUGACUGUGAUGGUACGUUAGUCAAUUCUACAGGAGCAAUUUCUGAAUUUUGGAGAGGAUUUGCAGAGACCAGGCCUCAUGUUGAUGCUGAUGAGAUCAUUAGGACAUCCCAUGGUUGUAGAACCUUUGAUGUGAUUGCUAAGUGGUCGCCAGACGAUGCAGUAGAGAAGCAAGUCACAGAAUGGGAAGCAUCAAUUCCUGAUUCUUUUGGACAAUACGCAAAGCCAAUUCCAGGGGCAGUUGAGUUAGUGAAAAAGUUCGAUGAGAUAUCACGGACCCAAACUGAUAAUAAGCAUCAAAGAUGGGCAAUUAUUACCUCUGGAACUUUACCGUUAGCUUCGAAAUGGUUGAAAUUGCUCACAAUUGAAAAGCCUGACUGUUUUAUUACAGCUGAAAAAGUUACUCAAGGUAAGCCUCAUCCACAAGGAUACCAAUCAGCCAGAGCAAACCUAGGAUACGACGCACCUCAUAAGAAGGUGGUAGUUUUCGAAGAUGCCCCUGCAGGAAUCAAGGCUGGUAAGAGUGCAGGGGCUAUGAUUGUUGGUAUAUGUUCAACCUACGACCCUGAAAAGGUCUGGGAGUCAGGUGCAGAUAUAGUGGUGAAGGACUUAUCGUCGUUUGAAAUAGAUCAUUAUAAUCCAGAGACUGACGAAUUUAGAGUGGUUGUUAACGAAUAUUUUUAUGCCAACGAGCAAUAUACUAUUCGUCGUAAGUCCCUUGUUGGCGUUGAAGUUUAA